UUAUUCAUUGAAAAACACAAAAACAUUCAUACAUAAGUAAAAUCUAGCACUCGCUAUGCAAUAUGAAUUGCAGUCACCACCACCAUCUCUUUUCGCGCCAAAACCUAAAGCUCCGACCUUCAUGUAUUAGGGAAAAUUUUUCAUGUUUCCCUAAUUUAUGAUGGGUUCAACGAAGAUGAGCCCUAGCAAGACAAGGUCUCGAAGCCAGUGCUCGAAUGAAGAUUUUUCUGAUUAUUGCCGCGAUUUCAGGUUCCUUUUCCAUAUCAUCGAGUCGCCUGAGGGAAUGAAACCACCGGUGUUGAAGAAUUUGUAUCACCUUCUCAUCCAUUUGUCUUCUAGCGCACAGUGGAGUGCCAAAUAUGCAGUAGGGUCACCUGAACUUGACCUUGAAAUUUGUGAUGGAGGGAUCAAAGUGACCUGUGGAGACAUUUAUAAGCUCUCCAACGUACUCUUCAAAGAACUGGAGGAAAGAUUUGAGCGAUUGUUCUCAAUUUUUUGUCGUAUUUCUGCCAACAAGGAUCUUGGAGAGAGUAACUUCCAUCUAGCCCUAUGCAAUGCUGUGGAAAUAAUGAAUUUGCUGUUCAGAUGUUGCAUGUUACUAUUGACUUUGCUCGCAGCCAAGCCAAAUCUUAUCUUGGAAAAAGGGCCGAUUUUCUUAAGGAUACUCAGAAAGUUGACUUCACCAAAUUUAGUUGAGAACACUGGGACACAUGCAUUCGUCUUUGAGAAGUCAGUCUUCCGUGAAUGUGCUCCAGCUGAUAAUGGUUGUUCUACCUCCUAUGUUGAGGGCUUCACAGCUUCCAUACAAUUUUUGGAGCCUUGUAAUCCUCUUCUUUUUCUCAAGUCUACAAUGCUUGAGGUAUUUGUGGAUGAGCUGUUGGUGCAUGGGCAAUCAAGAGGGUGCCUUAAGCUGAUUAAUUCUGUUGCUUCUAUCAAUGAAAUGCUAUUUAAUCCUCACUCUGCCCACUGUGAUAUUGGCAUCUUGAUUGAAGCAAUGUGUCAUCAUUUUAUCCUCUCAUUUUCUGAUAAGCAAGCUUUUGGAGAUUUUCUCAGUCGGUUGUUUUGUACGCAUGCCAAAGAACUUAAGUAUCUUUUCGGAGCUCCUGCAUUGGGUGUUACUGCAGCUAUAUCAUUACUUCUCAGUCCUUUCAUGGUUUCUGCACCAAGAUAUAUGCAAGCUCAUUUGAUUUCACUAGUUUCUGAAGCCAUUGAUAUCAAGACUUUGAAACCAGAUCGUAGACUCACCAAUUGCUUCCUGUCAACUUUUGAAAAGUCAGUCACCUUGUACAUCAUAUACAUGUCUUGUUUGCAGAUAGAUGGAUCUUCUACCCUUCCCAUGGGCUUUACAUCCAUUUCGUCACAUGAUAUUGCUCAUCCACCAUUUGAGUUUUACAUAUCUCCGGAGACAAAAAGUAAGGUUGAUAGUCUAAUCACCGAGUUAGAGAAUUCUUCAAAUCACAAUCAGAAGGAUAGCUUCUUUAGAAUGAAAUCUGACCUGGUUAGUUCUUCGAUGAGAUUCGUUAAGGAGUGUCAAAACCUUUAUGUAUUACCAUGCCAAGAUGAGAGUUUAGCCAUCUUAAGUUGCUUAGUUCUCAAGGCUUCUGAAAGCUAUGAUGAUAAAGCAAUACGACCAGCUGAGGGUACAAUGCUGCAGCACAUAUAUCUCCUUGCUUCUUUAUUGAAAUUAAUGAGCAUCUCAUUGCUACAAGCUAUUUGGUGUCUUAGACAUAGUGAUGAUUCUCAAAGCUUGAAAAACUUGAAACACUUCACUUCAUGCAAGGAGUAUGAUAUCAUUUUGGGUACAAUCACCUGUUUCAGAGAUUUGGACAUCAAUUUACCGAUACAACAAGUUUUGUCGAGUGUGAUGUCAAGCCAUUCUAUGAGGCAUAAGGAUUCCAAAAUGAUGUUUUUCCAUUUUUCCGGCUUGAUGUCGCUAAGCUUUGCCAGUGGGCUUGAUUGCUUGGUGAAAGCCUGUUUGUUGACAAUUCUUGCACUGUUGAAUUUAUUUGUUUUUGAGGAGGGUGACUUAGAUGCAUUGGAAUCAAUGGUUGAUUCCUACAAAGAAUCUUCUUCAUCCGGAUCACCAGUGGUCAGGUUGCAGGAGACAGUGGUAGAUCAAAGCUCCAGCCUUGUGGUGGCAUCAAAGUUUCAGAAGAUACGGUCUCUGUAUUCGAGUGUUACGGAAAACAAUUGUAAUGAAAAGGAAACUUUAAGGUCACAAACUUUGGCAAAUGCAACGCACGAGGAGGCUGUUGGAGGCUUGGAAGAAGAAACAGAGGAGACAUGCAACGGGGAGACGUUCUUCAAGUGUGUGUUGAAGAUGGACGAUAACAUCUGUGAUUUUGAUGACUUGGUCGGUUUUGUUGAAUGCAAACAAGGUAAAGACUACUCAGCUUGGUUAAAGAAUCGUCAAAGAUAUCGCAGGUGGAGAUUUGAGAAAAUGGCUGUUUUAAGGUGGAAAAAAAAGAAAAAGACUUGGAAAUCUUUUAAAGGAAAGAGGACUUGAUCAGGCUAUCCAUCCAAGAAAACCCCUAUUGUGCAAACAUUGCUUCAACAUAUUGGAACAAACCCGUGACGGGUGCAAGGUCAAGGGGAAUUCACUUGCUUAAAAAAUUGAUAGAA